GUGCAAAAAAUAUAUAGACAACGUGUCUUAGUUAUACGCUAUGUUUAACAGAACAGUGUGAAUCAGCGUGGGAAAAAAUAUCUAUUUUAAAAUACAAACAUUUGCAUAAUCAUAUAUAAUAGAUAAAUAUAGAUUGGAACAACAAAAGUAUGCUAAGGCCUUGACACUGGCCAAGUGAAAGAAAGUGUGUGAAAGUAUUGUAUUUAAUUAAAAACAAACAGCAGCAAACAGAAAAAGCGUAGCGUAACUUAAGUACACUGCAAACAUGGAAACGGAGUCGCUUAAUCGCAAGAACUCCUCGAGAAAAAGUUCCAUUAUUAAUGGCAAUGGCGAUGCGACAACCAAGUUGACCAACGGCGAUGGCGACGAUGCUGCGACUGGAGGCGGUGGCGAUGGCGGUGGCGAGGUGACACUUAAGGCAAAAAUGAGUCUGCUCAAUGGCUGCACUGUCAUUGUGGGUUCCAUCAUUGGUUCGGGCAUUUUUGUCUCACCCACCGGAGUGUUGAAGUAUACGAACAGCGUUAAUUUGGCGCUGAUUGUUUGGGUCAUUUCCGGACUCUUCUCGAUGGUUGGCGCCUAUUGCUAUGCCGAGCUAGGUACGAUGAUCACCAAGUCGGGUGCGGAUUAUGCCUAUAUCAUGGAGACCUUUGGCCCCUUCAUGGCGUUCAUUCGUCUGUGGAUCGAAUGCAUGAUUGUGCGUCCCUGCUCGCAGGCGAUUGUGGCAUUAACAUUCAGCACCUACGUGCUGAAACCGUUCUUUCCGGAGUGCACACCGCCCGAGGAUGCAGCACGUCUGCUUGCCGUUUGCUGCAUAUUGGUGCUAACUUUAAUCAAUUGCUGGGACGUUAAAUGGGCCACCGCUGUGCAGGAUAUCUUUACUUAUGCGAAACUGCUUGCCCUGUUUAUCAUCAUUGCAACGGGAAUGUACCAACUGUAUAUGGGAAAUGUGAAAUACUUUAACUUCGACAACAGCGACACAAAAGUCACAUCCUUAGCGUUGUCCUUCUACUCCGGAUUGUUUGCCUACAACGGCUGGAAUUAUUUGAACUUUAUCAUUGAGGAGCUGAAGGAUCCAGUGAAGAAUCUGCCACGCGCCAUUGCCAUCAGCUGCACACUUGUCACCGUCGUCUAUGUCAUGGCCAACGUUUCCUUCUACACCAUUCUCUCUCCCGAUGAAGUCUUGGGUUCCACUGCGGUCGCUGUCACCUAUGCGGAGCGCGCCUUUGGCAUGCUGGCUUGGACCAUACCAGUUUUUGUGGCGCUGUCAACAUUUGGAGCCGUCAACGGCAUUCUGUUGACCUCCUCGCGUCUCUUCUAUGCGGGUGCCAACGAGGGUCAAAUGCCAGAGAUUCUAACAAUGAUUCAGAUCCAACGUUUCACACCCACGCCCGCUGUGCUGGCGAUGGCUCUGCUCUCCAUGCUCUACCUCACGGUCUCCGACAUCUUUGCGCUUAUCAACUACGUGGGCUUUGCCACCUGGCUGAGCAUUGGCGUCGCUGUGCUUUGUCUGCCUUGGUUGCGUUGGGCUCAGCCCAACCUGCCACGCCCCAUUCGUGUGCCGUUGGUCUUCCCCAUUGUGUAUCUGAUUGCCACCAUCUUUGUCACCGUUGUUCCCAUGUAUGCCAGCCCCAUUGAGACUGGCUACGGCAUUCUGAUGAUACUGUCCAGCAUACCCGUCUAUUUGGUCUUUAUUGCCUGGAAAAACAAACCGAUUUGGUUCCAGAAAUCCAUGGGCGGAAUCACACAAGCACUACAGAAACUGAUGAUGGUUGUGCGUCCGAAAGCGUCGUCAAAGUAAGUCUCACGCAUUUCCUACAAAAGCUGCUCAUGGUACUCGGCAAGCAGACGAAACCAGCUCAGGUGUAGAGAUUAGUGAAUGGAUUUUCCACAAAAUGGUCCACUUGGGGACUGCGCUGAAGAAAACAUUAAAAAACAGAAAAAGAGAAACGGUUAGAUCAACGUUAGCCAACAGCAAAUGAUAGCAUUUACAAAAAAAUAUUAAAUUGCAUAAACAGAAAGAGGAAAACUCUUUUACAAAGCUUUUGUGUAGCCAGACAAUUAUGAAUAUGAAUACGAGCGAGCUUGGCGUUCUUUGAAUUUUGUCGACUUUAAAGAGCGCCUUGCUAGCAGGCAAUAUAUAAGAACUACUACGAAUAGAUAUAUGGUAUAUUUUUAUAUAUGUUUUAAGUUGAAACUCAAUACAUCAAAAUAAAACUAACACACAAUGCUUUGGACACAUUUGCCAAGACUGUGAAUCAAAAACAAAAAAAGGAAAAUACAAGGAAUCAAACUAAACAAAAAACUUAAUACGACUAGAAGAAAGUUGUUCAAAGCUUAAAUGUUACUUGGAUUUUGAUGCUACGAGUGCAAGAAAAAAACUCUUCAAAGAAUAACAUUCGCAAAAGAGUUAAUUAUCGUAUUGUUUUGAUGGCAGUGCUUUGUUUAAGUUUUAGAGAUUAGUAUGAAAAUAUGCAUACUCAGCAAUUUAUAAUACACAAUCAUGGCAUCUUAUUAUAUUAACUUACAUUCAUUCUUAUGUUUAAGAGUAUUUUAUUUCGAAUGGUCACUCGAGUGUUGACCAACUGCCGCUCUAAAAUUAAGAUUACAAACUACACAGUUACAGUUUACCUUAUAAUGGCCAAAACCACACACAAUCACACACACACACAUUCUCAGUUCAUCGCGAUUCGCACAUAUCCAAGAUACAUUGCCAAGAUGACAAAACAUAUUUACGGAUAACAGUGAUUACAAAGAUGAUUAUAAAACAGAAUAAUAUUUAUAGCGAGUUUAUUACGUAUUCAUUCAAUUGUUGUAUGCAUUUAUCAAUAGUUUUUUGAAUGUUGCUUUAAAUGUUUUUAGCGUUCUAGCGUUACAAAGAAAACAAAAUGAAAUCAUUAUCCUGUUUGCUUAGGCAAUUCAUUUAUUAAACUGUUACACAUUGUAUGAGGGCGCAUCUUAACUAUCA